AUGAAACAAGCCACUCUCUCCUUCAGCUCGGGAAAGAAGCUGACCAUCAACAAAUCAACCACAACGAAUACUUCCUCCUCCUUCUCAAACAUUCCUUCCUUUGAACGUGAUGAAAUUCUUUCUCCCUCUCCUUCGAAAAUAACCAAACAAAAGAAGAUGCUCUCUUCGACACCCAGAAAAAACAAAUCCACCAAAAAACUCGAGCAAUUGUACAUGGAUUGUGGGCAAAAGAGUUUUACCAGUAAGCGAUGCACCUCUUGUGGAAUGGUCUAUAUGAAUGGAGACUUUCAAGAUGAGAAGGUUCAUCAACAAUUCUGUAAAUCUUUUAAAAAGUUGAUGAAAUACAAAGUUAGUGCAAAGGAUACUGUGAAGGAAGAAUGUCAUCCUUUUUCGAUUAUUACCAUCCAUUCGAAAUCUCCAAAGAAUCAACAAAAGAAAGCUGAACAAAUUAUAGAGUUCAUUGAUCAGAGCUCUCUCCAAUGCACUCUUCCCUUUUCGAUCAACACUCAUACCAUGUUUCUCUAUGUAAAUACUGACAAGGAUGAAAUCAUUGCAUGUGCUGUUGUGGAACGAAUUGAAAGGGCUCAUCCAGCAUUUAUUGAAAAGAAAGACACGAUCGAGAACUUGUUGAGAAAUGCAAAAUCGUCAAUGACUGUGUCGUCGAACUCCUCUUCAGAAGAAGAAGCAACAGAGACCCAAGAGAAACAACCUUCUGCAUCACUCGAUAAUAUUAUUCUUUCUACUGUCAGUAUUGAUUCUGCCUAUGAUGAUAAAUUAUCCUUCUUUUCUUGGGAUGACAAGAUUUGUAAAAGAGCAGUUUGUGGUGUGAAUAGAAUUUGGGUUAAGGAAGAACAUCGAAGAAAUGGAGUUGCCAGCAAGCUACUCGACGCUGUGAGGGAACACUAUGUGUAUGGAAUUUAUCUUGAAAAGAGUGAUCUUGCAUUUUCACCUCCAACUCCUAAGGGUGCGUAUUUUGCUAGAGUCUAUUGUGAGCGCAGUGUGAAUGAUGCUGAUUUUCUUGUGUACGUCACAAGUCCAGUGAAUCAUCAUGUUGACUCAAUAAAUCUUGAGUAA